AAUGCUAUUUAAACAAUAGCGACGACUGACGACAAACGGUUUGAGCAAUAAGAGUGUGAGCUCCGGCCUGGUGCUGUGCAAUAGUAGGCGCGCCUGCUAUCACCAACUGUGCAAAAUUGGAAAAAAAGGUUAAAAAUCGGAGCCGUAAUUCUAAUUAGCCACCAGCUGACUGGCGAAUACCUUUUAUCGUCGAUUUAGCAGAGAUUUUUUAUUUUACGUUUCCAAUACCUUGUUUUCAAUUAAAAUCAAUCUUAAUUGUUGUCGCCCCGCCGGUUGACUCAGGUUUGUUUAUAAUGUUUUCGGUCGAGGUGUUUAAGAUAAUUCGUUUUGUGUUUGUGGUUUUUGCUGUAAUUUGUUAUUUCGAGCCCUUGACUUAUUGUCAGGCUAUACCAAUGACUUCGAUAGAGUCCCGAUCAGCAGUUCAGUUUAUACCUAAUGGAAGCGACCUUUCCACCAAUCUACAACCUGCAGUGGAAGAAACAAAGAGCAACGAUCCAGUGAACGUGACAUCAACUGAACUUUCGUCUACACAAGCACCAACAGCAACCACCACGCAACAGACGACUGAAACAACAACCCAUUCCAGACCAGUGGACAUAAGCUGUCUGCCCAUGAAUUUAAUGGGAGAAAUGGAUCAUGUAACUCAGGAAGAAUUCACAUCGAAACUCACAGACUCAUGCCGAUAUGAUCGACUUAUCAAACCGACAGUUCCAAAGUUGCUCGAAGUUAACAUGCAAAUCGAUUUGACACAUAUAGAAUCUUCAGAUGCACAGCAAAUGAAAUCCUACAUUCUGGUACAAUUAGGGUAUAAAGAUGUGAGACUGAAAUACGACACGUACUCUCCAAAAAGAGGCUGCAUCCAAGGGGAGGAACCUUUAAGGAACAAAAUUUGGGUUCCACAUAUUACAGUGCGAAACGAGAGGGAGUCUUCUAUGAUGGGUCUAGAUGGUAAAGACAUCUUCGUGCAAGUAAUGCCAGACGGCGAAGUAAACUAUUCCUACCGAAUGACGCUUACAUUCUAUUGCUGGAUGGAUUUAAAAAAGUUCCCGUUCGACUAUCAAAUAUGCAGGAUUACCUGGAUAAGUUGGUCAUAUGAUACAACUAACCUCUUGCUAAAAUGGUCCAAUGAAGAUCCAGUGCAAAUUGCCAAAAAUCUGCAUCUUACUGAGUUUGUUCUGGAUUCGUUUUGGACCGAAGCCAGCACAGUUCCAGCGUCGUUUUCUACCGGCGGUUUAGUUGGAAACUACAGCGCUUUAACGUUCAAGUUUAAAUUGCGACGCGAGAUCGGUUACUACAUUAUGGAUUACUUUCUACCAUCCAUGUUCCUUGUAGCAACUUCAUGGGUUACGUUCUGGUUGCAAGCAGAUGCAAGCGCUCCAAGAGCUGUUUUGGGAACAUCGACAAUGUUGUCCUUCAUUACUCUGAACGGCGGACUUACCAAAAAUCUACCAAAAGUAAGCUACAUUAAAGCCAGUGAAAUUUGGUUUUUGGGUUGUUCCACAUUUAUAUUCUGUGCAAUGGCUGAGUUUGCGUUCGUCAAUGUAAUAUGGAGAAGAAGAAAGCAAGUAGAAGUGAAAAAAGCAAGCAGCAAACAUAUCCUGAUAGGAGCAGUGACUCCGAGUUUAGCAAGAAGGCACGUUAGACGCAUAGAGUCCUUCAAUAGCAUUUAUAAAACACGCUCCUGUACAAGCUUGAAUGAAAACGACGAGAAUGAGAAAGAAAACAGCCAAAAUAAUUAUCUAACUGUACAUAGCUUUCCAACAUCAAUUCAAUCAAUUCCAACGAUCAAAAUACCGAACAGCAGUCAAGAUGAGCUCAUAAACAUUGAGGACCAUGUCACGACGAUUCCAGUUCCGGGGAAACAUGGAGAUAAAAGAAAUUCGCCCCCACAUCAGGCUUGGACUACAAUGACACCACACGAAGUAGCCAAUUGGAUAGACAAAAAGUCCCGAAUAGCAUUCCCGGUGGCUUUUAUUAUAUUUAACUUGUUUUAUUGGUCAUUUGUGUAUGCGCUUUAGUUCAGUUGUAGAAACGUUGUGAUCUGAAACAUUCCAAUAACGAAUAAUUGGUGUUAAAUAAUUUGUCUCAUACAUAUCAUCACAAUUUAUUUAAGAUUAAACAUGUUCGAUUCAGUAAUAUUUGAAUCUCUCAUAAGAAACAUUUAUGAACUGUAAAUAUUGCCUUCUAGUGUUAAUUGACUUGUAUUUAUAUUGUUUUAUACUUUCUGUGUUAUUAAAGUAGAAAUGAUAAUCCUG